AUGAGCGUCGACGUCGCGGCCAUCCGCGCGGCCUUCGCGGCCUGCAACUUGGACCUGGAGGAGGACGCGGCCAGCACGUGCGUGUCCAUCUGCACGGAGUUCGGCCUGAGCUCGGACGACAUGGCGGCGCAGUGGGACGCCUACUCCAUGAACCAGCAGCUCUCGGGCGCGGCCAGCGCCGACGGCCUCGUGGCGUUCCGCUCGCACCUCAAGCAGCAGCAAGCCAAGGCCAAAGCCAAGGAGACGGCGCCCGUCCCGGCGUCGCAGAAGCGGCGUCACCCCAAGAGCGCUGCCACGCCGGUGGUCAAGCGUGACACGGAGAGCCAAGACGCGCUCGGGUCGCUGUACAGCAACAUGAAGUCGCCUGAGGGCAAGCACGCGCGCCCCUUUUCCAGUCCUACAGGCAGCAACAAGGUGCAGCGCACUAGUGACAUGUUCUCGCCCACUUCGCUGCAGUCUCCGCCUGGAAACAGCUACGAGAAGCGCACGGACGCGGGCAAGACGGUGUCCGAGUUCAACGCGCACCUGAGGAAGCAGCUCGAAGGACAGGGACCCAAUACAGGUCGCCCUGUCAAGGUGUCAGCCCCGUUCCCGUCCCGCAACCUCGCACCCAAUGCGUCGUACAUGUACACGCCACUGUUCCAGAGAGCGAUUGCGUUGGACGAGCAGCUGGUCGAGUAUGAGGAGCUUGUGAAGGAGAAGUUCAAACUCGAAGAGCUGAAGCCCGUGGGAGACCCGUCACCGGCACAAGUGGCGGUAGUGGGGCGAAUCGUGUGUGAAGCGGCGGAAGGAAAGCUCAACCCGAGCGUGGUCCAGCUAGAGGGAACGAGAAAGACUUGUGGUGGUCAGCGCGUGCUCCUGGACUUGAGCGGAGUGCCCAACUUCCAGGUUUUCCCUGGCAAGAUGGUCGCGUUGGAAGGAGUCUUCCCUGAUACUCGGUCUCCGAUGACAGUCAAGAGAUUCCUGGAGCCGAUUCCAGCACCUCCCGCUACAUCGACUCCGGCGCGUAUUAAAGAGAUUCAGGGCGAGCACGGCAAGCCUGUCCGUGUGCUCACUGCAUGCGGUCCUUUUACGACUACCAGCAACGUGGAUUACCUGCCGCUGAACGACCUGCUACAGAUUGCUAUCGACCAGAAGCCCGACGUUCUCAUUCUCGUUGGCCCCUUCAUUGAUUCGAUGCACUCGAUGUUCCAAGACGGCUUGGUCAGAUACGAUGGCAUGAUGCUAAGCUUCGAGGAGAUCUUCUUGUUUAAAGUGAUGACUUUGCUGAACAACGUCCUGGAGAAAGACCAGCGAAUUCAGAUUGUCAUUGUGCCUUCUCUGAGAGAUGCAAACCACGAGUACGUGUAUCCCCAGCCUCCGCUGAACAAAAAGAAAGCUUGCGAGGCGUUCGAAGCAUCCGAGUAUGCCAAGCGCGUCCACUUCAUGUCCAAUCCCAGCACGUUUUCCAUUAAUGGGGUUGUAUUCGGAACUUCAGCGUUGGAUGUGGUUGUGCAACUAAGCUCGAACGAGCUGUUCCGGGCACAAUCUCGUAACCACAACCGAUUGCUUCGGCUUUGCGAAGAAAUCGUCGACCAGCGAAGCUACUACCCCAUGUUCCCCCCACCGCCUAGCAGUGAGGCUCCCAUCGACCUGCGGUACAUGAAGCAGUUCCAGUUCGAACAAACGCCUGAUAUCCUGCUUCUUCCCUCGAUCCUGAACCGCUUCUGCGGGCGCGUGAAAGACUCGAUUAGUAUCAACCCCGGUCAGCUCUGCAAGGGCGAGUCUGGCGGCACCUUCGCGCACAUUACCAUUCUCCCUCUGCCCACCGACAAGAUCGAGAGUGCGACCGAUGACAAGUGCGCCCACUUCGUGCCCGACCGAACGAUCGUUGAGAUCAAGCGCAUCUAG